UGGCACUGGGCAUGCGCAGGGCGCCCCGGGCUGGCGGCGCCGAGGGAGUCCCCGGCGGAUGGGCCGGCGGUCGCGGUCAUGUCGGCCCAGGGCGACUGUGAGUUUCUGGUGCAGCGAGCGCGGGAACUAGUGCCCCAGGACCUGUGGGCAGCCAAGGCGUGGCUGAUCACGGCCCGCAGCCUCUACCCGGCCGACUUCAACAUCCAGUAUGAGAUGUACACCAUUGAACGGAACGCAGAGAGGACCGCCACUGCGGGGAGGUUGCUGUAUGACAUGUUUGUGAAUUUCCCAGACCAGCCAGUAGUAUGGAGAGAAAUCAGUAUCAUAACAUCAGCAUUGAGGAAUGAUUCACAGGAUAAGCAAACCCAAUUUUUGAGGAGCUUGUUUGAAACGCUUCCGGGUCGGGUCCAGUGUGAAAUGCUACUGAAGGUGACGGAACAAUGCUUCAACACGUUGGAACGGUCAGAGAUGCUGUUGUUGCUCCUGAGGCGCUUCCCUGAGACGGUGGUGCAGCAUGGGGUUGGCCUCGGGGAGGCGCUGCUGGAAGCUGAGACCAUUGAAGAGCAAGACUCCCCUGUUAACUGCUUUCGAAAGCUAUUUGUUUGCGAUGUCCUUCCUCUAAUAAUCAACAACCAUGAUGUUCGUUUGCCUGCCAAUUUGUUAUAUAAAUACUUGAACAAAGCAGCUGAAUUUUACAUCAACUAUGUCACUCGGUCCACCCAGUUGGAAAAUCAGCAUCAAGGUGCACAAGAUACUUCUGAUUUAAUGUCUCCGAGCAAACGUAGCUCUCAGAAGUACGUAAUAGAAGGACUGACUGAGAAAUCAUCGCAGAUUGUAGACCCUUGGGAGAGGUUGUUUAAGAUUCUGAAUGUUGUUGGGAUGAGAUGCGAAUGGCAGAUGGAUAAAGGAAGACGAGGCUGCAGCGAAAUACUGCACCGGAUGAAGGAGCUCUGCAGAUACAUGAGCAGCUUCGACAGCGAAGCUCACGCCAACUACAAAAACCAGGUGCUCUACUCCACCGUGCUGGUGUUCUUCAAGAGCGCCUUCCAGUACGUCAGCAGCAUACAGCCGUCUCUCUUCCAAGGUCCUAACGCCCCAAGCCAGGUCCCACUGGUUCUUCUGGAAGAUGUAGCCAAUGUAUACGGUGAUAUUGAGAUUGAUCGCAGUAAACACAUACACAAGAAGAGGAAGCUGGCUGAGGGAAGAGAAAAGACCAUGCAGAGUUCAGAUGACGAAGAGUGUUCAGCAAAAGGAAGAAAUCGGCACAUUGUUGUCAGCAAAGCUGAACUCAGCAACUCCAUUGAAGUGCUGGAGAGCUUCAAGCUGGCCCGGGAGAGCUGGGAGCUGCUCUAUUCCCAGGAAUUCUUUGACAAAGAAUUUACAAGAAUUUGUUUGGCGUGGAAGACAGACACCUGGCUGUGGCUAAGAAUCUUCCUCACAGACAUGAUCAUCUACCAGGGGCAGUAUAAGAAGGCAAUAGCCAGUCUGCAUCACUUAGCGGCACUCCAAGGGUCCCUUUCUCAGCCACAGAUCACAGGACAGGGGACUCUGGAGCACCAGAGGGCGCUCAUCCAGCUGGCCACAUGUCACUUCGCCCUGGGGGAGUACAGAAUGACAUGUGAGAAAGUCCUGGAUCUGAUGUGCUACAUGGUGCUACCCAUACAAGAUGGAGUGAAAUCACAGGAGGAGCCCUCCAAAGUAAAGCCCAAGUUUAGGAAAGGUUUGGAUCUGAAGCUUCUGCCCUGUACCAGUAAGGCUAUUAUGCCAUACUGCCUGCACUUGAUGCUCGCAUGCUUUAAGCUGAGGGCUUUUACAGAUAACAGAGAUGACAUGGCACUGGGCCAUGUGAUUGUACUGCUCCAACAGGAGUGGCCACGAGGAGAAAACCUUUUCCUGAAAGCCAUCAGUAAGAUUUGCCAGCAAGGAAAUUUCCAGUAUGAGAACUUCUUCAGCUAUGUUACAAACAUUGAUAUGCUGGAGGAAUUUGCCUAUUUACGAACCCAGGAAGGAGGGAAGAUUCAUCUGGAAUUACUCCCAAAUCAAGGAAUGCUGAUCAAGCCUUCUAGCCCUCCCAUGGGGUUCCCGCAGCAGGGACUCUUACCUGUGCUUCAGCCCAGCAUACAGACUGCUGACAGGUACCAAGUGGAAAAACACCUGCUCAUAGUGUGCUGUCUGUCAACAUGUUUUCCCGCCCAUGGUUUUCAGCUCUUUGUCCCUCGGUGCUCUUUUUCAUGCUUUAUUUAUUUGUUUUUGAUUUGUUCUGCAUUCCUUGGCAAGCCAUCUGGUUGUAAAUAUUGUAACAUUUUUAAUUUUUCUCCAUGAGUUGCCAGUGUGUUUGUGUUGAAUUUAAAAAUCAUUAUGGAUCUGGGAGGGGAAACAAAAGUUUGAUAAAACUGUAUUAGACUAAGUGACUGUUAGAGGAAGUGCUAAACUGAUCUGUUUUGUUGGGUCAUGAAUAUGAUGUUGACAUACAUUUACCACAGUAAACUUUUAGUAUGGGUUUCCAUGUUAAUGAUCAGGACUGUUUUGCUCUAACAGACAUUCACACAGUCUGUCCCUGCCUUAAGCAGGCCGCCUUGUUUCAGAUUGUACCUUUCUGAACUGGCAAUAUUUAAUAAGCUAAAAUGAUGCUGAGUUUAUUUAGCUAGAUUCUCCUGUUGUUAAACCAUAAGACCUAACUACAGUCCUCUGCCGCUUACCAGCAGGGACUCGCCUGUCCUGCACUGUACUGCUGCAUGGACAUCAUAGGGUGCAGUUAUUCAAACCUGAGCUGCGUACCCAGGCUAUAGGGGAACCGAUGCAGCCCUUCACUGAGUGUGGCGCGACUGCCAUUGACAUCAGCCAAACAUGCAUAGAGGCUCUGAUGCAGAUAUGAUUGAGUUGUGCUGCUGUCGCCACACAUCUGUGUGGCAAUCCCACUGGACCAUAUCAAACAGAGUAGCAGUUAUCUGUGUCUUUAGUAGUAGUAGGGGAGAGUUUGUCCUUUGACAUAUGACCUGUACAUGCAUGUAAUUUAGACUUGGUCCAGUUUUGGGUUGCAGCCUAGGGACCCAGAUUAGAUUAGACAGCAUAAAGCAGUGUGCAUCUGUCUGCCCAGCGGGCCCCAGACUCGACCCUCAGAGACACCCAGCUGAGUCAACCAGCUCGACCCGACGUGUCCAUGCAGAACUGUUCCCUUGUGGCCCUGCUGUCUUCCUUCCCUUUAACGUGGCUGUGGGCUGUUGCACAGUGUUCUGUUUUCACAAGUCUAAACACGACAUCUUUUACUGUGGCACUGUGGGGUUGUGACUCCUUCUCACUUUCUAUGUAACAAUGUGUUUUGGAAGCAGAAGCAUUUAGCAUGAUAGCCACAGCCUCAGUUUUCUCACUACCUGAAACCGUGUGACUUGGAGGAGAGUUAGGGAUGAGGUAGGGAACAGAGGUGGCUUUUGUUUGUCUAAAGCUGUCACAUUACCAAACUAGCCGCCCAAAUUCCUCUGUUUGUGGUUGAGUCCACUGAGUUUUGCUGGACUUUUCUUUUCCUAUGUUCAUUUUGUUGUCACUUUCUGGGAUUCUGUUUGUCCUUUCCCGUCCUAACGCACGGCUCUUGGGGCACAGUUAGACACCUCUUGGCUUUUGCUCCCACUAACCUACCCACAGACAAGCAAGCACCUGGACAGCUCUUCAUAGAACCUCAUAGGCAGUGAUUGCACCUUUCCAACCUGUGACACGGUUCUGUCUCAGGGCCCCAGGGUCCCUGCCUUUUCUACAACAGUCUGGAUGGACACAGCACUCAAAGGGGGAUCUACCCUGGCCUGGCUCCUUGGGGAUAGGCCUGCAUUCAGGACCCCAGCAGCUCUGCAGGAGCCUGAGCUUUGCUGGGCCUACCAGCCAUGGAGGGCCUGCCAGAGAACUCAGGGAGCUCCUUGGUGACUAGACAUUAGGUUCUUCUUCCCACUCCUGUCUCUCUGGGGUCUGUGGCCAGGUUUGCACAGCGAGGCCAGUGAGGGUGGACGUAAAGCACCCCAAGGCACUGCACUGUAUGAGCCUCAGAAGCUCAGAGGAGAAGCAGGUGACAUUGCAUUGACUAUUUGGCUGUGUAAAAUGACCCAGUCUAGGGCAGGAAAAAUGUCUGCCUAGUAUUGAGCCUGAGAAGAAUGGACAAGAGUGGUUACCUGGUUGCAGCUUUUCGUUUUGAAUUUGUUUUAAAUGUGUGACUAUACUUAGCUAUGAGGCAGGUGAUUCCUAUCCAGGUUACACUAGGCCUUGGUGCUGUUUCUGACCGUGGUCUCCUUCUGUUUCCCUGUCGCUGACCUCAGGCACCACACCGUCACUCGAGGCAUCACCAAAGGCGUGAAGGAGGACUUCCGCCUGGCCAUGGAACGCCAGGUCUCCCGCUGUGGUGAGAACCUGAUGGUGGUGCUGCAUCGCUUCUGCAUUAAUGAGAAGAUCUUGCUCCUUCAGACCCUGACCUGACAGGCCUCUGGGCCACCAGCAGCUCAGCUCUGUGCCUGGAGGAGUCACAGCUGUAACGAGUGCUGCCGCACCAGGGCAGAUGGAGAAACACCAGGUUUCUCCCUUGGUUGCUUAAAAGUCAAUCUCAAGAGUGUGGGGAGUUACUUCUAUUUUUAAGAAUUCAGGUUUUUUAAUUUGUAUAAAACAAGUCAGUCCAUUUUGUAAAUAAAAAUCCUAAAAUAUGAAGUGUAAAAAAACCUUAUUUUUAGUUUCAAGUAGGGUCUUUUAUUUUUCUAAGCAUGCAGUAAGGGGGCAAAAGUUCAACACAAUUGAAUGGAGGAAUGAGUUUUAUUAUAUACUUUCAUGAUGGAAUCUGUCGUCCAUGACCUGAGGUGUGCGUUCACUGAUACGCUUCGGUAAGUAUUGUACAUCAAGAUAACGUUUGACCUUUCAUUUUAUGCAAAAUUGAACUUGAGCUUGUCCUUUUCCCGCUGAGAGUAUCAGAAAAGCUGGGACAAGAAACAGGUGAAACAGCCAAGGGACAGGGGAGCCUCUUCUCUGCUGCCUCAGAAAGUCAGUGUGGCCCGUGGGCCUUUAGAGCCAGACAACAAUGCCUGGCAGUCACCUGGAACCCAUCCCUGCUCUCUGUUUGCCUGGUGAGCAAGGAUGUUGUUUUGUAGGUGUUUUUUUUUUUUAAAAAAAAAAAAAAGAGAGAGAGAGAGAGAGAGAGGAAGGAAGGAAAGUUCGGCAUUCUUAUUUUCUCCCAAGGUCAUUCUGUGCAUUCUUGGGGUCUUAACACAGCCUAUUGAGGCAUAGACUUUAGGUAUAAGGGAUUUUCUUGCUAUGUCAACUGUCAUGGUAUGAAUAGUGUCACCCAAAGGUCAUUAUAUUCAAAUUGGCCUUAACUUCAUGUUGGUUUAGUGUUUCAUACAUGUAAUGAUGGUUGUUUAUAGACUGUCAGUAGGGGGUUCUAUUUUUUCUUUUAUUUAUUUCCUGUUGAAAAGUCUAUGGGUUGCAGCAGAUUGAAAAUACUGUGCUGGAGAAUAUCGCAGUAAUCUGGGAGAAAAAUAAAAUGAUUUUAUGAUUUGAG